AUGGAUGUUUUAAAAUACAAUCCUAGAUCAAAUGGAUCGAAUUUCCAUAAAAGCAGUAUAAAAAAAUCCCCAGCCAGCAUCAGCUUUGAACGAGUAGAAAGCCCAAAAAAGUCCCCCAACAACUCUUUUGACUCUAACAUAAAAACUGUCCCAUCAAACCAUUAUUUAGAAAGACGAUUCAAAGCUUACACUCGGGCAUUCCGACAGGUAAACUCUGUAGUCAAAGCUUUCAAUCGAAAAGCAAGUCCUUUUUUUGACCAAGCCAAAGAAGAUUUAAACUCUUUUUUACAAAAAUCGCCACCGACAAGCCAAUUUUCUAAAUUUCCUAAUGAAAUUGGGAAAAGCAGUAACGAAAAAAUGAUAACACAAAGAUCAGAAAUUCAGAGGAAUAAAUCGCCUAUUAGCCCACACAUAAAAAAACUGCUAUGUUCGCCGAAUCUUAAUAGUAAUUCAACAAAAUUGUAUCAAGAUUUCUCAGAAGACAGUAGAAGUAUAGAGAGGAUGUCGAGUUUAAAUAGUAAAUCAGCGAGUAGGCCAAAGCUAAGGACUCAGUAUUCUCAUAAAAGAUCUGUAACCCCAGAAUUUAGGCUGAAUAUUAGUAAGAUUUCGAAUAAUUCUUUUGAAAAGCUGCCGUCGAUACACUCAUCAACUAGCAAAAGGAAGCCGAAACGGCUUCUAGUUAACCUUGGAAUGAAUAUGCUAGAGAAUCAAUGCUAA